UUGACGGGAAUAGCAGCCCCGGUGGCUUUCCUUUCCUUUCUGCUGGAGGUGGGUGGCUGCUCGGCUACUACCUGGAUUAUAGCUGGAGGAGGAGGAGGAGGAGGAGGAGGAGGAAGGCGCCUGAGAGUUAAUGGAUAGCAGCCCAGCCCGGCGUCCUCGGAAGGGAGAAGGGACCAGGGAGUAGCCGCCCAUCCAGGCAGCAGCAUCAGCAGCAGGGCUCCCUCAGCAUCCUCCCUUGGGAGGGAGACACCUGAGGGAGAGGCAGGGCGCCUCCUCCUCCUCCCUUCCUCCCGCCAGAAACAGCGGCCAGGCUCCCCUCCGGGCUCCUGCUGCUGCUGCUGCUGCUGCUGCUGCUGCCCCUGGGGGCCUGUGUCCCUGGCCUGAGCAGCCGGGGCUGGGCAGGGGGCGGCGGGGGCUGAGGGCUGCUGCUGCGGUGCAUGGGGGCUCGGGGCCCCUGCUUGGCCUUGGCCGGCCGGAGAGGCCACAAGGAGGAAGAGGAAGAGGAGGAGGAGGAGGAGGAGGAGGAGGAUGCCCCGUCCGGAGCUGCUGCCUUUGCCCGAGGGCUGGGAGGAGGCUCGCGACUACGACGGCAAGGUCUACUACAUCGACCACGCCACCAAGAGCACCAGCUGGGUCGACCCCCGGGACAGAUACACUAAACCACUAACCUUUGCUGAUUGCAUAAGUGAUGAAUUACCACUGGGAUGGGAAGAGGCAUAUGACCCCCAGGUUGGAGUCUAUUAUAUUGACCACAACACCAUUGUUUCCACAUGUUUGAAAGAAACUACCCAAAUAGAGGAUCCUCGUGUACAAUGGCGGCGAGAGCAGGAACAUAUGCUGAAGGACUAUCUUGUAUUGGCAAAAGAAGCCCUGACUGCUCAGAAGGAGAUCUACCAGGUCAAGCAACAGAGACUUGAACUGGCCCAGCAGGAGUACCAACAACUUCAUGAUGUAUGGGAACGUAAGCUGGGAUCUCAAACUAGCUUAGUUUCCAGUUCCUCAUCCAGCUCAAAAUAUGAUCCAGAAAUUCUUAAAGCUGAAAUUGCUACCACAAAAUCUCGGGUUAAUAAGCUCAAGAGAGAAGUUACUCACAUGAGACAGGAGCUCCAGUAUAAGGAACUUGGUUUCCAAACACUGAAGAAAAUUGAUAUGAAAAUGUCUGAUACCCAGGGUGGAUAUAAACUUGAUGAGGCACAAGCCAUCUUAAGUGAAAUGAAAGCUAUCAAGAAAGCCAUAACGUCAGGAGAACAAGAAAAGCAAGAUCUCAUUGAGAGUCUUGCUAGACUGAAAGCUAACUUCGUGACAGACAGAGGUUCACCUUCCGAUUUGUGGGCCCUCAACACAUCCUUAGAAGGUUCUACUCUCUCAUUAACUAGACAAUAUAUGGAUGCUGGCUCCCAAACAGAUGUUUCUGGAAAUUUUAUUGCAAGCAGCAGUAAUCAGUUGGCUGAGAAGGUGAGAUUGCGUCUCCAGUAUGAGGAGGCUAAACGAAGAAUUGCAAACUUAAAGAUACAGUUGGCUAAACUGGACAGUGAAGCCUGGCCUGGCGUGCUAGAUUCUGAACGAGACCGAUUAAUGUUAAUCAAUGAGAAGGAGGAACUUCUAAAGGAAAUGAGGUUCAUUAGCCCUAGAAAAUGGACUCAGGGUGAAGUGGAAAAACUGGAGCUGGAAAGAAAACGUCUAGAAGAGGAUCUUCAGGUUGCAAGAGAUACACAGAGCAAAGCUUUAACAGAAAGAUUAAAGCUAAAUAGUAAAAGAAAUCAGUUGGUUCGAGAACUAGAAGAAACAACACGAUUAGUAGCAAAGUUACACAUCCAGCUGAAAAACUUGUCUUCUAGCAUGCUUUCCCUGUCAUCUGGCAGUAGUCCUGGCUCUCUUGCAUCAAGCAGAGGAUCGCUGGCUGCCUCAAGCCAGAACUCUUCAACCUCAGCCAGCUUUACGGAUCUGUUUAGUGAACAGCUGGAGCAACUGGACUCUGAAUACCAGAACAAAUUGGACCUUUUGCUUUUGGAGAAAGCCACUGGGUUUCGGCCUUCCGGCUGCAUCACUACUAUUCAUGAGAACGAGGUUGUAAAAACUCAGAAGACAGAUGCCGCUAGCCGUAUACAGGCCCUAAGAUCAUUGUCUGGAACUCCUAAAUCACUGACUUCUUUAUCCCCAAGAUCAUCUCUCUCUUCUCCCUCUCCACCAUGUUCACCACUAGUGACAGACCCAUUCUUCACAGGAGAGGCCUUCAUGAGUCCUGUGGACUUUGAAGAUACUGAAAUAAACAGUGGUCUCUCCGAACUUAGUUUAAACACUGGAAAUGGCAGGAAGUACAGAAUAGAAGAGUCUAGAACUGGAGACAAACACCUGGACCAAGAUAUAAGUAUGGUUGAAGGAGGUGCACUAAAGGUAGCCUGCGUAUCAGCGGCAGUGUCAGAUGAGUCGGUGGCUGGAGACAGUGGAGUGUAUGAACCAUCUGUGCAAAGGCCUUGUGUGUCGGAAACUGUUGUGUUCGACAAUGAUGAUGCAGACACAGCUACCACUUCUAAAGUUCAGAUUUCAAUGAAGUAUGAGGACAAGAAUAAACAAUUUGCAAUAUUUAUUGCACAAGCAAAUAAUGUGCCUGCUCUGCUGCAACAGCAAGACCAGAAAGUGUGCAUUCGUGUGGCUGUUCUUCCUUCUUCUGAAAGCACAAGCUGUUUGUUUCGCACAAGACCCCUGGAAACAUCAGACAAUCUCAUCUUCAAUGAAUUAUUUUGUGUUGCAAUCCCUCACUCUAUUUUACGGCAGAAAACACUAAGGGUUGAUGUCUGUACUAUGAAUAAAUGCCAUCUUGAAGAGUGCUUGGGAGGUGCACAAAUUAGUCUUGCUGAGAUUUGCAGAUCUGGUGAGAGGUCAACACGCUGGUACAACCUCCUCAGCCAUAAAUACCUGCAGAGGCAAAGCAGUGAAAAUAAGCAAGAGGAUUCCUAUUCCAAACUACCCUGUACUGAAAAAAUGGACUCUGUAUCUGCACUGCUGGAACAGACAGUUGUUGAGCUAGAAGCUGUAGAGAAAAAAUUAGAAGAAAGCAGAAGCACUUUACUUAGUGAUGAAAACUGGCAGGAUGAGGAAGAUGCUAAGCAAGAUGGCAACAGUGAAAAUGAAGCAGAAGAGGAGGAAGAUUUUUAUGGGGAGAGGACAGUAUGGGAAACAGAAGAGACACCGUCAUCCUUGUCGUAUGCUGAGACAGCAGGCAUCAAGGUGGAUAAAGAGACCAACACAGAGAAUCCUCCACAAUCUUCCACUGUAGUUCGCCCAAAAGAUAAGAGAACACCUAACCCUCUACGAACUCCUUUUGUUCGAGGCAGUACUAUAAUCCGUUCCAAAACCUUUUCUCCAGGACCACAGAGCCAGUAUGUGUGUCGGCUUAAUCGCAGUGACAGUGACAGUUCAACAUUGUCUAAGAAACCACCCUUUGUUCGCAAUGCUGUGGAGAGGCGAAGUGUCAGGAUGAAAAGGUCUUCUGUUAAAAGUACUGGACCUGAGCGCCUAAUUCGUACCUCUCUGGACCUGGAAUUGGACUUACAGGCUUCAAAAACCUGGCACACCCAACUGGUACAGGAAAUCUCUGUUCUUAAACAACUGAAGGAACAAUUAGAACAAGCUCAAAGUCAGGGGCAAAAGGAACUGCCCCAAUGUGUAGAUGAGGAUGAACGAUUUCGGAUUUUGAUGAGGCUGGUGGAGAAACAGGUGGAAAAAGUUGAAUGUAAGUGUGAACAAAAAGCUGAUAAAAUGAUGAGAGCAGCUGCUAAAGAUGUUCAUAGGCUACGGGGUCAGAGUCGAAAGGAGCCCCUAGAGGUGCAGUCAUUCAGAGAGAAAAUGGCUUUUUUCACGCGACCAAGGAUAAACAUUCCAGCACUCUCUGCGGAUGAUGUUUAAUGUCUAUUUAAGUAUUUCUUUCUCCGACCACUUCAAAAAAUGUAAUCUCAUUUCACUGAAGUUUAUUUAUGUAUGUGGCAUUAUAAAUAUACCAUGUCAUUUAUAUAUUGAUGGCUUUAUUAGAUCUAUGUCCACAUUUGUAAGGUUUUCCACUCACUGCAGAUGCCAGCAUUAAAAUGAGAUAAGUACAUAGUUUGUAUAUUUAGCAUAUUUUUGGGAAGAAUUUUUAAAUAAGAACAAACGCAGCUCAAAAAGUUGUUUAAAUAAGAUUUCGUUUAGACAUUUUUGUACAGCUCUACUUUUUUAAAAAAGAUAUUUUACCACAAUAAAACUUGAAUCUGAAGGAGCAUCCAUCCAGUGAUUCUAAAAAUGUAACUCAACUCCUAUAAGUAGCUAUUGCUAAGUUAAAUAUUUUUUGUACAA